GUACAUGAGAUUAGGGAUAACUUCACAUUACUGUGAGCUAUAACGGCGCGUACAAGCUCCGAAGAAUGUUCUUAGUUUACGAUAUUUAAAGUCAUUUCAUAAUAAGAAAAUACAGAUUUUUAUCGUAGAUUGUUAUGCAUUUCUAUUAAUCUUCAAAUCCUAUUGCGAAAUGCAGUUUGUGUUUUACGCGAUUUCAAUUCCAACACAAUUGAUCAAUCUCUUUGUGAAUGAUAAAGCGAGUUAUUCAUACUAAUCUGAAGUGAGUAGAAUUUAUUUAGUGUGCGCGCGUUAUAUUUACAAAAAAGGAAGUAGAACUUUAGCAAUUCGUGAACAGUGGCAAGUGGGUAGAAGAAUAUGUAUUGAAAGAAAACGACGGAGAUAAGAUCUAUGAAAAAGAUUCACGUGGGGGACCUGUUCAGGAUUCGAACUCGGAUAUCGUCUCUACAAAGCAAAGGUGCUAUAUAGAGCGCCAUCAAGCCCCACUGUUCUCUCUUAUUUUUCCGGGUCUUUUCUCUGGCUGGAUUCGCCUAUAGGAGGCGCUCUCAAUAAUCAGUGCGAAGAAGAGCGUACAAGUGAAACGAUGUUGUAACUAACGGCCAAAAUGGAAGAGCAAAGCGUUUACAGCAGUAUCAGUGAUAUAAAUAGUGAAGAGGCAGUUAGAAGUGAACCUGUGAUUAUUCCACGUAAAAAACGAAUAUGCUUAAUUAGUGCAGCUGGAGAUGAUCCUGCGCUUGGUGCUGCUGCUCAGCAGUUUAGUGUACCUGUCCUUAAAUCAGAAAAUGGUUUAGAAUAUGUAGAAGAUACAACGUAUUGUACUUAUUUUAUAUUAAAACAGUUUGAGGGACCUGAAUACGAUGCUCUUCAUAAAAGUGCUCAUAGAAUAUUGGGACCGACGGCUCUUCUGCAAUUAGCAGAAAGAAAGGACUCACUACCUAGUAUUAACAGACCUAUGUAUACACAAGCUAUGGUAGGCACAGUGGUAGUAUUUACUGGAUUUAGGAAAAAGGAUGAAUUGACCAAAUUAAUUAACAUGAUUCAUAAUAUGGGUGGAAGUAUUAGAAAAGAAAUGGGUGCAAAAGUGACGCAUCUCAUUGCUAAUUGUUGCGGUGGAGAUAAGUAUAGAUAUGCUGUCACAUUUAGGGUACCGGUAAUGUCAAUGGAUUGGGUGACAGCUUUAUGGAAUGCCAAAGACGAUAUUUCCAGUUAUGGAAACAAUGAAGAACUGAUUACAACUUACAAGUUGAAACCAUUUUUUGGAGCGAAAGUAUGUUUUUUUGGUUUCCCCGAAGGAGAGAAACAUCAUAUGUGUGAAGUUUUACAACAACAAGGUGGUGAAUCUACAGAAAUUGAUGAUCCGAAUUGUACACAUGUGGUAACAGAUAUAGGAAAUGGCGAAUACAAGAAAUGCAACAAUGCUUUUGACACGCUACCAUACACUAAAAAUCUUAAUUAUGUUCCACAACGCUACACAAUAACAAAACCAUUUCCCUUCACUUUUUACAAUCCAUAUACCAAUACUAUUCCAAAUUCAAAAACAGUGAAUUUAUCCCAUUCUUGCAAUAUUAAUUGCACAAAAAUGCCAAAACAGUUAAAUACUAUGUAUUUCUCGCACAGUUUAUGUUCUUCUCUGCUACAAUAUCUAGAAUGCAAAGAAAAUAAAUUUAAUCACUCUAAUUCAGACAAUAUUAGUCAAGAUUCAGCUAUUUUUAUGGAUGAUAAUUUAUACGAUUGCCCACAUUUACCAGAUGAGUCUUAUAUGUCUGAAGUAUCUAUACCACGAACUGAUUCAGGCAUUGAUAUGUCUACAACAAAGUAUCCUUGUAAUUUAACGCGAACAAACAGUUUAGCUGUACCAGGGCAAAUUAAUUCCCCCGUAACAUCUACUAUGUUGGAUAUAUAUUCAACAUUUUCAUCUUCAUUAGCUAAUAAUGAGAAAAAGGUAGGGAAUAAUAUAUCUGAUGUUGUUUCAAAUGAAAAUAUUGAUAAUGAAAAUGUAUACACUAAGUCAAAGUCACAUUUUAAGUCUUCUACACUAUGUAAAAAGAGACUUCCUCAACAUGUAAACAGACACUGUUUUAAUACUGAAGCUCGUUUGUUGAAAUCUUGCAAAAAUACACAGUGCUCGCAAAGUUCUUUCUUUCUCAAUAGGAAAAUUAUAACUCCUAGGCGAUAUAUUAAGUGGCGAAAAACAAAGUCUUGCAUUGCGAUUCAUAAAAUUAAUUCUCCAGACAAAUUUAAGUUUAAAAAAAUUUAUUCUCAUCCUAAUUUAUUGAAACGAUUUGACACAGAAUUUAAUGAUUCUCGGUUGCAUGAUCAUCUUAUGCCAGAAACGAAAAAAAGAAGCUUUUUGAGUACAUGUAAAUUGAGUUCAUCCAUGUUGUCGAAGCUUAGUCAUAUAAAUUUAUGUCCAAUAUUUAAACAGUAUGUACUUGCUAGUCCAUCUCAACAAAUUCCAGAAACUCAUCUAAGACAGAAGUACACUCCUUUACCUAGUCCUCUCCCUGUACCUGCAAAGGUAGCAAAGCUAUCGGAUACCGAAUGUGGCUUAAGAAGUGCGUUUACAUCGUUCGGAAAAUUUUCAAAUCUUCCUUCUAAAUCUUAUACUUCAAAAGAUGAUUAUAUGACACAUGAGAAAAUGGAGGACAAACAAUUAUUUUCGGUUGUGGAUGAAUCAAAUGUAAAUACAUUACCGGAUUUGGCUUCUGUAAGAGCUCAUAUUGUGAAAGCCGAGUGGUUUUGGACAUCCGUGCAAAAUGAGGGUGCAGCUGAUGAAAAAGAGUAUUUAUUUGAAGAUUAUUUGGAAUCUGUUCUAUCGCCAACGAUAUCAUCUAGACGUGAUAGUCAACAAACAACUACUCCGAGUACAGCUUCUACAAGACGAAAACGUAAACGCUUAGCGGAAACUUUAUCCAGUUUGGUUCAAAACGGUGCAGAUUCACCAGCUUUGCACAAAAGGCGGUCCAGCAUCAGUGAUGCAGGAUUUUUGAGUGUCAGUGGAAGUUUUCUCGAUUGUACAGCAAGUCCAGAUAAGCCAUUGCUCGAUGAUAUUCCAGAAGUGGAAGCUGUGAAUACGGACAGUUCUAGGAAAAAUUUAUCACCGCGUCAUCAGGUUUUCUUAGAAUUAGUGCAAACUGAAUCGAAUUAUGUUGGCAUUCUCAGUACUAUUAUGACAUUGUUUAAAUCACCAUUGGAAGAUCUUAUAGAUACAAGUGACGAGCUACUGAACGGUACAGAAGCUAAAAUUAUAUUUGGUAAUUUUCCACCCAUUUAUGAAGUUCAUAAAAAAAUGUUAGAAGAAUUAAGAUACAGUGCAACACAUUGGAUGGAGGAUAUUAGUAUAGGCAAUAUAUUUCUAAAGUAUGCACCAGACCUAGUCAAGGCGUAUCCAUCGUACGUUAACUUCUUCGAAAAUACAAAGGAAAUGCUCGACCAAUGCGAUCAAAAUAAAUCACGAUUUCAUGCCUUUCUGAAGGUUUGUCAGACAAAACCUGAAUGCGGUCGACAAAGCUUGAAGGAGCUAUUAAUUAAACCAGUACAAAGGUUACCCAGUAUUAGUUUAUUAUUAAAUGAUAUCCUUAAACAUACGAGUAAAAAUAAUCCAGAUUAUAGCGCAUUGGAAUUGUCAAUUAGCAGUAUUAAGGAAGUCAUGACAUACAUAAACGAAGAUAAAAGAAAAACUGAGGGACAAUUAGUUAUGUUUGAUAUUUUCAAUGAGAUUGAUAACUGUCCACCGCAUUUAGUUUCUUCACAUCGAUCAUUUAUUGGUAAAUGCGAUGUGAUGGAACUUAGCGAAGGUUUGAGCGGGCGUGGUGAUCAUUUAGUUUUGUUCCUGUUUACCGAUACACUCGAAAUAUGUAAGAAAAGAUCAAAAGCCUUUAAUUCAUUAAAAAGUCCUAAUACAGCGAAUGGAUUGCAUACAACAAAAUUAAGUCAAGGGAAACCGUAUAAACAUAUUAAAAUGUUAUCACUUAGUACGAUAAAAAAAGUUGUGGAUAUACGAGAAACUGACGAAUGCCAUAAAGUAUUUGCUCUAAUGGUGAGAAGUAAUCAGGAAUUAAAAGAGAAAUUAUUUUCAUUUACAAUUACCGAUGAAGAAGUAAAUAAAACGAAUUAUUUACGAACUUUGUGCAGGCAAAUGGCUAAUACAGUCUGUAAAGCUGAUGCGGACACGUUCCUCAUAAGUCUUGAUUCGCAUCAACUUGAAAUUGACACAAGUGAUGUAGCAUUAGGAACUUUAAGUAAAGCAUUUAAGAGCCUAUUUCAUAAUUUUUACCUGGAGUAUAUGGACCCGUAUGUGUUCCUACUCAAUAGCAUGUGUGAAACCACGUUACAUGUCCCACUACCGUUUGCGUCUCGUACAAGGAUGAAAGUCGGCAGAGCGUUUAGUUUUAACAAAACCCCAAGCAAACUGAAAAGAGCGAUGUCAACAAUGAUGUCACCAUUUGGAUCAACCAAUAGUCUUACACCCGCAAGUCAACAACUUGCACAGAUGCGGCUUGCUAGUUGCAACAAUAUUAACGAAUGUGACGUCACGCAGUGUUUCGACUGGAUCAAAAUACUUCGCGUCACAAAUUAGAUAGAAAAUUCUAUAUUUAUCUUGUUAAUGAAUAAAGCAAUAUCUUUAGAUUGGAUUCUACAAGUGUUGAAAAUGUAUAUUUUUACAAAGUUAACUUUGCUUUUAUAGAGGCAUUUAUACCAAUAGUUAUUUUCGUUCU